GCAUAAGUAAGCCUGUCCGCUGCGGCCUCUUACCUUGGAUUUACCAGCAGAGCGUUGCGGUGUCCCUCCGCCCUCGGCCAUGGCGGCUCACAAACCAGUGGAAUGGGUCCAGGCCGUGAUUACUAGAUUUGAUGAGCAGCUUCCCAUUAAAGUUGGACACCAGAACACCCACACCAAAGUCAGCACAGAGCACAACAAAGAAUGUCUGAUCAACAUUUCCAAGUAUAAGUUCUCUCUCGUCAUCAGUGGCCUCACCACCAUCCUCAAAAAUGUCAACAACAUGGGGCUGCUUGUGGCAUCCAUCAAAAAUAGAACAGCUGUGUAUGAAUAUGCGGAGCUGAGCGGAAGCCUGCUUCUGAAACGGGCUGCAGCGGGACCUAUGGGGUUUGAAACAUUGAGUAGAAUGGCUGUGUAUCGCUGUGCAGUGCAUCCACACCCGGUGGAGUUUGGGGGUAAUCUUCUCAGUGUCGCAUGACUUAUGUGAACUGUACUGGUUGACUCCGACCUCAGCCCCCUCAGCCCUA